AUGCAGGCCAAUGAAGAGCCGCCUGAGGGCCGUUCCACGGUCGAAGUCGGUAUGAUGGCUUUCGAAAUUCUCAACGGAUCCCCGUGGGGCUCACAGCUGUCCACCUCGCGCGAUGCAGAGCGGUUCGAGCCGGGCGUCCUGAGAAUACCAGUGGAGCUCAUUAUGAAGAUUAUUGAGCUUAUGGACUUCCGCAGUGUGUUGAGUCUCAUCCGAGCCAACAAGAGGUUCAAGGAGAUUUAUGAUGGCAAUCGAGGGCACAUUCUCUUAUCCAUCUUGGAGACAGAGUUGAGCCCAUUUGGUGAAGCUCUGCAAAUCGUUACCUUCAAGCCCGAGGACAUUGAUGUGCCUCUAGGCCCUUGCUUGCGCCGAAGGAUAUACCACAAGAACAGACUGGUUUGUGAGGGAGAGAGCCUGCAGGCAGGGGAGGAUGAUCAUGUCUUACUCCCGCCUGCUGUGCUUGAUGAGGAGCAUUUCGAGCGACUUCUCCGCCUCUUUGAGACCGUCAAAGCAUGGGAGCAGCUAUUUCCUCGCUAUCGGUUUCAGCCCGCGUCGGAUUGUCGAGAGCUGCAUCCUUGUGAGUCAAAGAGGCUCCGCGCAGCUCUGUAUCGUUGGAUGUCUUACGCCCAAUUCUUUCACGGUGAUCUCCGGCGGCCCAACAACUUCGUGCCUCAGCAAGGUUCCACAGACAUCCGAUGCAAGCGGCUCCGGCUGCUGUCGGACCAUGAGCUCCACGAGCUGGACGACCUGUGGGAGACCGCCCAAUGCAUGGACUAUUCCAUCUCGAGAGAGGAGGCAGAGCGGAUCGGCUUCGGCACGUCCAGGCUGAGCCUUGUGCGGGCUGCGUUCAGCUGGAGCGACUCGACUUUUGUGGACUUCGACACGAAUGUCAAUUCCGCAAUUGUGGACACAUUUCUCAAGCUGUCGCCUGCUGAGAUUCUGAGUUUCGCUACCAACAAGUCUACAUACACUAGGGAUAGGUUGGUUCGAGAGGUCUGCCUCGCUCACCCAAGCAUCCUCCUCGACCGACAGAGCCUUGGGCAUGCGCUUUCUGUUGUCAAGGACGAGCGAGUUGAAGACAAUGAUGCCAGACCGUCGGCGAGUUGCCAUAAGGCUUUCAAAGACGUGAAGAACGGCGGUAGCGGUGGGAUUUUAGACUUCCAUCUCUGGGACGAGGAGAUACGUGGAGAUUGGUCUCGGGAGGGCCAGAGGGCACUUAGCUGGUCUGCUCAGGAGGAGCCGGACCUCGGGAUUCGCGUUGUGAUGAACAGAGGUCGGCUGGAGCCGUAG